GUCACAUCCGGCGGAAAGAGGUCGACUUGCUGCUGAAAGGAACGGGAGAUAAUAAACGAACGGCCAGUUUUUAUUUAUUAAAAUACAGCAGUACAUGGACACUUAAGCGCUUAAUUUUGCAAUAUUUCAUAUAAACAUUUCAAGAGGACUCUAUAGGGAUGUCUGAAGAGUUGGUAAAGCAGUUGAGCAAUUAUAAGGCACAGCUGCAGCAAGUAGAAGCUGCACUCUCAACAGAUCCAGAAAAUGAAGAUCUGCUUAAAUUACAGAAGGACCUCCAGGAGGUGAUUGAGUUGACAAAAGACCUGUUGACAUCACAGCCAGCGGAGGGCGUGGCCAGCACCAAUAGCUCAGAGGCUGCUGCGCCAACUCGAAGCUGGAGAGUCGGAGACUCCUGCAUGGCCGUUUGGAACCAGGACGGACAGUUGUAUGAGGCAGAAAUCGAGGAGAUCGACAACGAAAAUGGCACGGCAGCCAUCACCUUUAGUGGCUAUGGCAAUGCAGAGGUGGUGCCUCUUCAGGCACUCAGAGUCUCAGAGGAGGGAAUUAGCAGACCACAGAUUGAUGGAAAGCCCAAAUCCAAAAAGGAGAUGCUGGCUGAGCAGAGGGAAUAUAAGAAGAAGAAAGCCCAAAAGAAGGUGCUGCGCAUGAAGGAGCUUGAACAGGAGAGAGAAGAUCAGAAAUCCAAGUGGCAGCAGUUUAAUAAUAAAGCCUAUUCAAAGAAUAAGAAAGGACAGGUAAAGAGGAGUAUAUUUGCAUCACCAGAGAGCGUAAAUGGAAAGGUCGGCGUCGGCACGUGUGGCAUCGCUGAUAAACCCAUGACUCAGUACAACGACACUUCAAAAUAUAACGUCAGGCAUCUGAUGCCCCAGUGAUCCAUCAGUGUCGUGUUUUGUCUGUCUCAUCCCCUCAACAUCACCAUCCACCAUUAGAACGAAGCAUAUAAAUACUGGAUAAGAAUUCCUAAGUUUGAUUGGAAAUAUGAAUAGAGUAACACGCUUCCCAAGUAGGACUCUCCCAUUUUAUAUUUCCAGUUCCAGCGAGUUUUUCGGCUUUGGAUGUCUAUAUACUGGCUGCUCUAUACUGAAAGAAUCACUGGAUGUAUAACUAAUAAGUCAUCACUCCAGAUACUUCUAAGUACAGUUUAUACAGUUCCUGUUUUAUUUAAAUGGAUCUCAUCAUGCUCUCUGGACUGGAUUUCUGCACAUUUGCUGUGAUAUGGAGGAUGAGAACAAUGCCCUAUAGGUUUUUUUUAUAAUGUCUGAAGUAACAUAAUUAAAAUUCAUACAAGGUUUAGUCCGGGAUGGCUAAAGCUGUUUUCUGUUUUGCUUUCUGAUAUCUGUUUCUGCAGUCCCUGUGUUGUUAAAUUUGCUUUUCAGUUUUGUAUAUUUACAUAUUUGAGAGGAAUAAACAUU